GUCCUUUCCACCUGAAACCUAAGCAUAUGCAGCGGACGAGCGGAGGGUCUGCGUGGACCAGAGAUAGCUGGAGAGAUCUACUGACUGAAGAUAUUCCGUGAAGGAGUAGAUGACCAUUGAUACAAUCUGAGGACACACGCACUGCUGUUCCCAUGGACAAGCCUCUCUGGACUUCAGCGUCAGGUGGAGCCCUGCAGUAGGAUGCUGGAGUCUAUGUCUGUCUGUGGUCCCCCUGCUCUGGCCUCUCACCUUUGGCUGCUCAUUUUCUCCUGCUCUCUUCACAGUCAACCAGCCCUGUCUGACCUUGUGUUCUCCACCCUUCCAGAGGAUAGUGUUGGUGUGCUGGGUGCUCCCCUCACACUACACUGUGCAGUGUCUGACUCCAGCCGCCAGGGGGCACUGUCUGUUCGAUGGGAAAGGGCCAGCGGAGAGGCAGCAGCACUGAGUCCUGGUCCUGACAAAGGGAUCCACCAAGUGGCCAACGGAUCUCUGUUCUUCCCCCAGCUGAGAGAGGGGGACCUGGGGAGAUAUGUCUGUAGUGCAGGCAUUGGAGCCAAACACAUCAGGACUGUUGUCCAUGUGAUGGAAGCUGAGCUGGAGGCAGUGUUAUUUAGUCCUCAGUCUCAGACGGUCAGUGAGGGUCAGGCAGUGUUCCUCCAGUGUGUCUCAGGGAACAGCUCACCCCCUGCACACAUCACCUGGCUCAAAGACAACACACUCUUCACCAAAGGCACUCAGAUUCAGGGCCAAUAUGGAGGGGGUAACCAGAGGAAGACCUCAGGCACUCUGCACCUCUCUAAUGUCUUAGUAGAGGACGACGGGGAAUACGUCUGUGUCACACACAACGCCUUAGUGAACAGCAGCCUGGAGAGCAAGGCGGCUACACUCACUGUACAAGGAGUCCCUACAGGGCUGCAGAUCACCCAGGGCCCUGACAACCUCACCAUCGCCAUGGAGACAGAGGUCUCCAUGUGCUGUGCUGCCCGAGGCUUCCCAGCUCCCACAGUGCAAUGGUUCAAAGACAGCCAUCUCCUGGUGAACAGCUCCGGCUUGAGUUUGCAGAACAAGGGACAGCUGCUUGUGUUCAAGAAUGUGUCUGAGGAAGAUGAGGGUUCCUACCACUGUGAGGCCAGGAAUGAGAGGGAGACUGUCAGAUCUCAGCCUGCCUAUCUCCUCCCAGCAGAGAUGGAAUGGAACUUUGUCCUGCAGCCCACCAACCAGACAGUGAGGAUGGGAGACUCUGUUACUCUGGUCUGCAGACCCCCCUACAGCAGGCCUCCAGCCACGGUGUCCUGGUUCAAGAACAACCGCCUCCUCACUACCAAGACACACUUCACUGUUGGGCCUAAUGGAGACCUCAUCUUCCACAGUGCCCAUGACACAGACAGGGGAGUGUACUUCUGCAGAGCGUCCAACAUCCACCUGUACAGAUCUGUGACCUCUAGAACAGCCAGACUGAACGUUUUUGGUAAGACAUCACACAUGGCGUGGGUUUAUUAUUCACUAGCCUUGUGUCUGUAUAGGAGAUAUUAUAUUCUGUGUCUGUAUAGGAUAUAUUAUAUUCUGUGUCUGUAUAGGAGAUAUUAUAUUCUGUGUCUGUAUAGGAGAUAUUAUAUUCUGUGUCUGUAUAGGAGAUAUUAUAUUCUGUGUCUGUAUAGGAGAUAUUGAUAAAACAUGUUUAC